AUGGGCCGAGGCUGGGGCUUCGCGCUCGGCCUGCUGGGCGCCGUGUGCGUGCUGCGCUCGGGCGGCGGCGGCGGGCCGGAGCCCGCGGAGACGGCGGCGCAGCGCUGCUUCUGCCAGGUGAGUGGUUACUUGGAUGAUUGCACCUGCGAUGUCGAAACCAUCGAUAGAUUUAACAACUACAAACUUUUUCCACGGCUGCAGAAGCUUCUUGAAAGUGACUACUUUCGAUAUUACAAGGUGAAUUUGAAGAGGCCAUGUCCGUUUUGGAAUGAUAUCCACCAGUGUGGAAGAAGGGACUGUGCUGUCAAGCCUUGUCACUCAGAUGAAGUUCCUGAUGGAAUUAAGUCUGCCAGCUACAAGUAUUCUGAAGAAGCUAAUCUUAUUGAAGAAUGUGAACAAGCUGAACGACUUGGAGCAGUGGAUGAAUCUCUGAGUGAGGAAACCCAGAAGGCUGUACUGCAGUGGACCAAGCAUGAUGAUUCCUCAGACAGCUUCUGUGAAGUUGACGACAUACAGUCCCCAGAUGCUGAAUAUGUAGAUUUGCUCCUUAAUCCUGAGCGUUACACAGGUUACAAGGGACCAGAUGCUUGGAAGAUAUGGAAUGUCAUCUAUGAAGAAAACUGUUUUAAACCACAGACAAUCAAAAGGCCUUUAAAUCCCCUGGCUUCUGGUCAAGAGAAAAGCAAAGAGAACACAUUUUACAGCUGGCUUGAAGGCCUCUGUGUAGAAAAAAGAGCAUUCUAUAGACUGAUAUCUGGCCUACAUGCAAGCAUCAAUGUGCACUUGAGUGCACGGUAUCUUUUACAAGAGACCUGGUUGGAAAAGAAAUGGGGCCACAACAUAACAGAAUUUCAACAGCGUUUUGAUGCAAUUUUGACAGAAGGAGAAGGUCCACGAAGACUUAAGAACUUGUAUUUUCUCUACUUAAUAGAAUUAAGGGCUUUAUCUAAAGUGUUACCAUUCUUUGAGCGUCCAGACUUUCAACUCUUCACUGGAAAUAAAAUUCAGGAUGCAGAAAACAAAAGGCUACUUCUAGAGAUACUUCAUGAAAUCAAGUCAUUCCCUUUGCAUUUUGAUGAAAAUUCAUUUUUUGCUGGGGAUAAAAAAGAAGCAUAUAAACUAAAGGAGGACUUUCGGCUACAUUUUAGAAACAUUUCAAGGAUCAUGGAUUGUGUUGGCUGUUUUAAAUGUCGCCUGUGGGGAAAGCUCCAGACUCAGGGUUUGGGCACUGCUCUGAAGAUCUUGUUUUCUGAGAAAUUGAUAGCAAAUAUGCCAGAAAGUGGACCAAGUUAUGAAUUCCAUCUAACAAGACAAGAAAUUGUAUCAUUAUUUAAUGCAUUUGGAAGAAUUUCUACUAGUGUGAAAGAAUUAGAAAACUUCAGGAAUUUGCUACAAAAUAUUCACUAAGGGCAAUGAAUUGAACAACGCCUGUUUCUGGACAAUGGAAGCCAAAGAUGGAAUUUCAUUGAACAGUCUUAAGCCAAACAUUUUAUAUAAAGCUGUUUUUGUAGAAGGAGAAUUAUAUUGUUUUAAGUAAACAAUUUUUUAAAAAUUGUGAGUUCAUGUUUAAUAUACAAAUGAGUCAAAAUAACUGAUAAUGUCGUACAUAUUUUAAUGCUUAAUAAUGGACAAAAACAGGAUUAUCAAAUUCACUCAUAAAAUUUGGAGAAUGAUGUCUUAAGUCUCUCAAACUAGAGUUUAACAGGAUGUAAUAAAAAUAAAACUGUGA